UGAAUCCACCACCCGUUUGCAAUCUCUCUUUCUUCCAUUCCUUCUAAGUUACUUCCUAAACACUUUGUAUAUAUAUAUACAUAUACACGAUUACAGUUGACAUAUACUCCUUUGAUCUAAUUUUAAGCAAUAAGAUCCUACCUUCCAACAAACGAAUCAAUACAGAUGGGUAAUGGAGAUCUGGAGAGCUGGGGAAGUACAAAGAACAGAGGUGCACCACCACCGGCACCACCGCCGGCAUCUUCUACAUAUCACACUGAAUCAUCGGACAAACAAUGGACUUCAUGGCUCGUUCCUAUGAUUGUUGUUGCAAAUGUGGCUAUGUUUCUUGUCGUCAUGAUUGUUAAUGAUUGUCCCAAGAACCACAAUUCGAGUCUUGAGGGGGAUUGUGUUGCUAAAUUUCUUGGUAGACUAUCUUUUCAGCCUCUUAAAGAGAACCCGCUUUUCGGUCCUUCUUCUUCCACAUUGGAAAAGUUGGGAGCUCUAGAGCGGAGUAAGGUGGUGAAUGGACAUGAAGCAUGGAGACUCAUCUCUUGUAUUUGGUUGCAUGCGGGAGUCGUUCAUCUACUUGCAAACAUGAUAAGCUUGGUUUUCAUCGGGAUUCGCCUCGAACAACAAUUUGGUUUCGUUCGAGUUGGUAUACUCUACAUGUUGGCCGGGAUCGGUGGGAGCACACUAUCUGCACUUUUCAUAACAAGCAACAUCUCCGUUGGGGCUUCCGGUGCUCUAUUUGGACUUCUUGGAGCAAUGUUGUCCGAGCUUCUUACCAAUUGGACUAUUUAUGCUAAUAAGGCGGCGGCUUUGUUUACACUUGUGAUCAUAAUCUUGGUGAAUUUAGCAGUUGGAAUGCUUCCUCAUGUUGACAACUUUGCACAUAUUGGGGGUUUUUUAACGGGAUUCCUCCUUGGAUUUGUACUUCUUAUGAGACCCCAAUUUUCAUGGCAAGAACGCCGCCGUCUUCCUGCUGAUGCUCGUGGCAAGUCCAAGUACACCGUCUAUCAAUAUGUCUUUUGGAUUAUAUCCGCGAUUUUAUUGAUUGUUGGAUUUACGGUGGGACUUGUGAUGCUUUUCAAGGGAGAAAAUGGGAAUGAUCACUGUAGCUGGUGCCAUUACCUGAGCUGUGUUCCUACUUCCAAAUGGCGAUGUGAUAACCGGUGAAGACAGACGUGAUAUGGUUUUAUGAUUGCUUAGUAUUUGGUUGAUGUUAAUAUGAUGAAGACUUUGGUUCAAUAUUUCUUAAUUCUUGUUUUCUGUUGUGUAAAUUUUUGUAUUUUUGAUACGUAGUUACUGGUUAGGAUACGAUAUAUGGUUGUACAUCACUUGUAAUGAAAACUGAUUUAAGGAAUUCUAAUAUUAAAAUACAAAUUCAUAUAA